AUGGAAGGCGAAGGGCACAAACCGAGGAGAGAAGCUUCACCAGGGGUGGACGGAGUAGGGCUGAAGUGCAUUGAUUCUGAUGCUGGCAGCAGCAAGAGGGAGGAGGGGCAAAAGCCGGAGAAAAGAGUCCUGUCAGGGACGGUCGGAGCAGGGCUGAAGUGCCUUGAUUCUAGUGCUGGCGGUAGCAAGGAAGGGAAUGAGGGGGUCAUAGUGAGCAUUGAACCCUUGGCAGAGACUUCUCAGAAGUUGAAAGAGCAGUCCGAGAUUGUGGAGGCGUUGUGCUUGACAAUCAAGAACGAGAGUGCUCGACUGGUACAGUUAACUGCAGCAGCCGGUGGGGAAGCACAGCAAGUGGAAGCGAAAAAGGAGGAGGCAGUUGCUGGUGGAACGACAAGCUUGUUACGGUCCGUUAAGGAAUUGGAAGAACACUUGGCAACUCUUAAGGUGCUACAGAGGGAACUAGUAAGUUCUGGAGUCCAGAUUGAUCAAGUUGCACCAGGUCAGCCUGGCGAGGCCAACGGAGGGGCAGCAGAGGAAGCAAGGGCGGAGGCCAGUAGUCCAAAGUCGCAUCAGCUGCUGUCUCAUGCGGACAUGGUUCAGAUCGACCAGAGUGAACCAGGUCAGCUCGAUGAGGCAAGUGGAGGGGCAGCAGAAGAAGCAAGGACAGAGGACAGUCCAAAGCCGCGCCAGGUGCUGUCUCAUGCCGACAUGAUUCACUACUUAGACGUGACGGGCGGGUGGGAUGAGGAUCUGUGCGCAUGCUGCUUUGACCAGGCACCUCGUUCCAUCCGCGCAGCUGCCAAGGAGCAGCAGCAGCUCAAUCAGGCCGCUUUUGAGUCCGUUCAAGUGGUAUUGGAGCAGGCUGUACGAGAGAAAAAUGGAGCUUCCCAUCAGAGUCAGUCCGCGGGGAAGCCAGGGAUGGCGCCUCGCCUUUGUGCGGAAGCCAUGCUUCUCGAGUGGAUGGCUGAGCCCUUAAUCGCUGCUGAGCUGGGGGCGAGCAGGCAGAGAGAGAGUGACAAUUUUGCGUCCAUGCUGGUGCAGGUGCUGGGGUUGAAGGAGAGUGCUGAUUUGAAGGAAGGGUUUGGGUUCUACGUGCAGCAUGUGCUGUCAGGCAGGCUGGAGAAGGCGCAUGCUGAGGGAGGAGGGAUGGGGGGAGCUGAGGAGAAGGCUGCUGAGGAGGUGCAUGGGGAGGGAAAGGGGAGGGGGAGAGCUGCGGAGAAGGCUGUCGAGUGCAAGUUAGAGAUUGACGGGGUUGCUAGCAAGUGCGCGAGGGUUACAAAGGACUCACGUUCGCGGGAGCGUCUGAAAGGGCGUGUGUGGGAGAGGUUCGGCGCCAUUCCCAAGCCUUUGGAAGAAAGCAGCGUUGCUAUGGAGUGGGAGGAGUGGUCUCAGGGCGACGAAGCUGCUGUGAAGUUUCCUGCCAACCGAAAGGAGAGGUGUUUUGGGCUUGGGAUAGGGGAGGAGCGUGAUGAAGCAGCUGAGAAGCUGACUCAGGACCCUCCUAAUCGCAUUUCUGAAGCAGUAGCGGGCAGCAGGCGUGCAAAGGAAAAAGGCUUUGCGUACCGCCCCGUCAGCCAUCUGUUUUCCCGCGUGCUCUCGGUCUUCCCGCCAUCCUCCCCUGGCUUUGAUGAGGUUGUUGAGUGUCUAGAGCUUCCUGGGCGCCUCCCCAGGCCGUUGAACCUGCAUAUGAUUCUCAGGCGGGCGGAGCAGGUGCCGCUCUUCUUUCUCAUUCACAUGGCAGCAGCAUUCUCUCAUUAUCUUUUGGGCACUGAUGCGUUCAAGAAAGGGUAUAGUGGGAGCGGGCGGGCGGAGAAGGUUAAGGUGCAAGGCCGCUGGGUUGGUGAGACGGAUCAGGAGAACGGUGGAGAGGUGUGGGAGGAGGUGCGGAUGUGGUAUUCCGUAGCAAUGGCUGCAUGGAGGUUCAACGUGGGGAGCGAGGGAGAGGUUGAGGAGUGUAGAGGCAGGUAUUGGGAAAGAAUGGCAGAGGAAUGUGACAUUACGUGGGUUCUUGAGGCAGCUAUUGCACCGAGGUACUGUGAGGGGCUGCCGGGGCAGCAUGGAUUUUCCAGGGAGAGCAGCACUGCCGCCGGCAGCAGCAGCAGCAGCAGAAGCGUUCGGAGUGGGAAGGGCAAGCAGGGGGAGGAGCCGGCUCAUCUGAAGGCAUGGCCUGGGGGAGUCAAUCUGGUGGCAUGUCUGCGAGAGAUGCUGCUGGGGGAGCCAUGCUACCGCCCUGCCUCCCCUGGUGCUCCGUCCGCCCCUGCUACCACCCAUUCUGCUGCUGCUAUGGCUUCUCGUCCUCCUGCCCCUUCCACCCCCACCUCAAUAAGCAUCAGUGCUGCUGCUGCUGCUGCUGCUGCUGCUGCUGCUUCGGAUGUCCAAGGCCGUGUGUGCGGUGCUGCGGGAUGUGGGACGGUAGAGGGUGGUGGUGUGAAUCUGAGGAGGUGCGGUGGGUGUGGCAAGGUGGUGUAUUGCAGCAGAGAGUGCCAAAAGGCGCACUGGCCUUUCCACAAGCUCACAUGCCCCGGCAGGACCAGCGGCAAGAGGAGUGGGACGUAUGGGAGCAAGGAUGGCUGCAUGAAAAUCGGCAAGGAGAGUGGCUGUGAGGGUAGUGGUCAGAGAGGUGGUAAGGAAAGAUGGGACAGUGGAAAGACGAUUGGUGAGGUCAGUUGCAUGGUCAGGUGCAAGGACAGUGCCAGGCACAGGCGUCAAAGCAUUCGUAAGGAAAGCUGGAAAGAGGGCAGGAAGGAAGAGUGA